AUGAUGAUGUUUCCCCCACCCAUUCUCUUCGGCCUAGCGGUGGGCAUAGCAUACAUUGUGCCAACCGUCGCGCAGUCUACCUGCAACGGCCAGGCUGACUACUGUGAUCGCCGCUAUUCCAAUGUUACCCAGGUCGGCGCCCACGACAGCCCCUUCGUUGGAUCGCUGCUCUCCGAUAACCAAGAUCUCAGUGUCACCCAGCAGCUGGACCUGGGAAUCCGCUUCCUCCAGGGCCAGACCCACAAGUCUGCACUGGACGAUACCAUCCUCCUUUGCCACACGUCGUGCCUGCUGGAGGACGCGGGCAGCCUAGAAUCAUUCUUAACUACAAUCAAAACCUGGAUGGACAGCAACCCGGAUGAGGUGGUGACCCUCCUUCUUACGAACGGUGAUAGUUUAUCGGUCUCACAGUUCGGCGAUGUCUUCAACAGCUCCGGUAUUUCAGACUAUGCAUUCGUGCCGAGUUCGUCUCCAAACACUUUGGCCAUGGAUGAAUGGCCGAGCCUACGAGAACUGAUCGGAAAUGGCACGCGGUUGGUGUCUUUUCUUGAUUAUGGCGCCGAUACUUCGACCGUUCCAUACAUCCUCGACGAGUUUGCGUACUUCUUCGAGACCCCUUAUGACGUGACGAAUGCGACCUUUCCCGACUGCAGCAUUGACCGGCCCGCUGGUGCGUCGGCCUCUGGACGGAUGUAUAUUGUCAAUCAUUUUUUGGAUGUCGACAUCUUGGGGAUUCUCAUUCCCGAUAAGGACCAUGCAUCCGACACCAACGCGGUGUCGGGGUCUGGGAGCAUUGGAGCCCAGGCAGAUCUGUGCUACUCCAUAUACAGCCGCUUGCCCAACUUCAUCCUCCUGGAUUUUGUCGAUUUGGGUGAGCCGAUUGCGGCUCAGAAUCAACUGAAUGGUAUCUAG